AAUCAGGAGCGAUCGCGGAUGAAUGUGAAGGGAGUACGGUGUUGUUUUACUCUCAGCGAGUGCAAUAACAAUUUGAUUACAGUGGUUGACCGAAAGGUUAGAAAUACCUGAGGCGAAAGAAAAAUAUUACAGCUUAUAUUUGAAGCAUUUAGCAGCGUCGUAAAAAUGUCUAGAGCAGAUUUAGACGCUAUCCAAGCCAAGCUUAAGGCCGCUAUCCAAAGCCAUCAGAUGCUGGUAAUGAAACUGAAGAGUGAACCACAGAACGCAACAAUGAAGGACAAGUUGCAUGAACUUCAAACUGAGAUAAUGAAUCUAAGUAAAGAACAGAAAGUGCUAGUCCAAGAGCUUCGGCAAGAAUUAAUGCAGAACAGCAAGAAGUCUUUUGUGACCUCUACUGGCCUGGGCUCUAUUGUUCCUGCUGGUGAGGCGGUGUCUUCUGUGCCCUCUAAUUCUGCAACUGCUAGUCAAGCAAGAGUGCUGACCCUUCCAUCUCAGGCUCUCCUUCCAGUAGGUGUGAUGGUUCCCCUUGCCCAUGUACAGGCCCAUUCUACACUUUUGGCUUUUCCUGGGGUCUUGAACCAGCCUGGUGAUUUGGCAUUCCGAACAGAUGGUCAGGACCAGCGCCAUCUUCUUCUUAACUUACAGACCUUGAACAGCACUGCUGUGACAGCUGCUGCUGCUGCCUUGCAUAACAACAAUAACAAUAUUGCAACAUCUGCUGUUGGUGGCAUAAAGCAGCCACCAUCUUUAGAACCUUCCAUUCAGCCAUGGAGGGGUUCACCACCAAUCAAAGUACCUCAGUAUCCCAUUAGCCAAGUAAAACCUCUUCAGCAGAGUUCCCACAACCAAGCAUCCUCUGGUAAACAUGAUUCAGGCCAGAGCAAUGGAUUUAUCCAUAGGAGUCUCUCAGAUUCUGGAACCAGAAAUAUAAAAGGAUGUUUGGAUGUUGAAACAAAAGACAGCAAAAAGGCAACUGCUGAAACUAAAAGUUUUUCAUCUGAGGAAAAGAAGAAAAUGGACUUCAUGGCAUGUCUUGAUUUGGUAACUCCAGCUUCCUUGAAAGGUUUACUUACAGUGGUAAUCCCAGCACAAGAAAUGCAGACAAGGAGGGUGGAAAGGAAAAGACGCUCAACUGCAAACCCUCAGUUCAGUUACAAUUUUGAGCCAGAGAGGCGGCGUGGCAACAGUGCAUGGCUAAAUGGAUUACCGUCGGUAGUCCCUAAAAAACCAAGAGGCAGACCAUUUAAGCCCGGUCCUUCCCCAUUAAACAGUCGUCCAGGCACACCAGACAGUAUUGAAAAUGCCGGUACAGAGUUUAGAAAACAGCUGGGAUCUGAAGGUGAUAAUCAUGAUGAUGUUUGUGCUGAAUGUGGGAAAGAAGGCAAACUACUGCUUUGCUCUACCUGUACUCUAGUCUACCAUUUGGACUGCCUUUCACCACCAUUGGCUACUGUCCCACCUGGUCCAUGGAGUUGCCCUGGAUGUAUAGUAAAAGGAAAUGGAAUGACUGGACUCAGCAAUGGGGCUUUGACAAUGGUUCACUCCUAUAUCAAUGCAAAAGCAAGCAAAGAAGAAGAAAAGCGAAAAUUGCAGCGUAAAAGUACAGAGCUACUUAGUGAGAAAUUGUCACUUCAAGAAAAGACGAAGCGGCUUCAGGAGCAGAUUGUGGAACAUAAAGAGCAGAAGCAAAAACUCACAGAAGUGACAGCCAAGACAGCUGAACAGGUUGAGACCCUGACAAACUUCAUUAAAGUGUUCCAGACGCCCACAACUUCUGUGAAACUUUCUGAGACAACAGCAUGACCUUAUUCAGCCUGCUGACAUUUGCUGUCUUUAUCCCGUUGAUAAAAGGGAGGGAGAGUUCAGGGGAGGGGGAGAAGAAGUAGGGGAAACAGGCAACAUUAAAAUAUGGUUGACACUUGCAAGUCUUUUAGUUGAAGUUUGUUCAAUCAUGGACAAGAACAGGAAAAAAAUUUACAGAAUGGCGUGUCUGUAGAGGUGCCCAAUAGCAAGGCCAACAGGAGAAUGGCCUGCAAAGCUUGUACAGUAAGAGUGGUGACUUAGGCUGGAAACUAAUAUUGAAACCUUUUUUGGCAGCUAGGAGAGGCUUCUGCACUCUUGUUUUGAGACUUUGAACUUUAGAAUUUAGGGUUUGGGUGGGGUGUCCAAAGGUGCCUGCAUCAGGCAUACUUAUUCCACUGCUCCAGGACAUGCUGAAGAUUUGCUGAAUAGACCUAGCUGACAUUGUGACCAUCCUGUGCACUUGUGGCUGUUAAGUCUUCAUAUUUUACUUGUUACUUAAUAAAAAGACUGUCUUGCCUUACAUUUGCAGUUACCCGAACGCCUUGCUAGAUUUUACUGCAUUCAUUCUGUCAACAGCUUUUCUUUAAAAUACAUGACAGUGGAGCUGAGAUACCUUAGAGACUGUCAGUUCUUAUUCUUGGCAGCUUACCUAGUGUUGGCAGCCUGUUUUUUUUUAGAAAAGCUUCUCAGUUCAUUGGGUUCUCAAAUGCUGAGACUAAGGGAACCCCACAAAACAUUCCACAAAGAUACAUUAUUUUUCUGUAUGGCAAAGUUCAUUUCUAUAAAUGUAUAAAUUUCUCACUUUUGCUGUUUGAUGAUUUGCAGUCUUCAAUAUGUCUUUUGCUUUGCAUCAAAUGAAAUUCUCCUUUCUGUCUUCAUUUACAGACAGCUAGAAGUAUUUCAAACUUUAAAAAAAAAAAUUUAUAUUUAAAAAUAGUCGUCUUGUUGAUGCCAAAAGCAUUGUUAAACUUUGCCAAAUACUUUCACCUGUAGAAAAUUAACCUUUGUCAGUUGUAAAACUACUGUAUUAUACAUUGGCAAAGUAUCAAAUUGUGGCCAGUUGAGGUGCCACAUCAAGCGUGUAGUCUUUCUUCAAACUAUAUUCCUUAGGGGCAUAUCGUUUUAAUGAUGGUGUGACAUGGAUGGCUGUAUAAACUUUGCAUAAGCCAUUUUCUACAAAAGCCCACCCGGCAUUAAUUUACCUCUGUUGUUGAUUAGCAAACACUGUACCAAUUAUCAGGGGAAUCAAUUGAUACUAACAGUUGCUUCAGUCAUAAUCAAAAAUAUUGGCCUUUUUCAGAGGUCAGAAGUCAUUGGUCUUUGGUGCUAAUUACUCAAGUUUUCUAGUAUUAGAGAUCAUUUCAGUUUAUACUUUUCUACUGUAUUGUGCCUGUCAGGAUGUCGUUCAUAGAAUGUAUGUUUUACACUCUCAACAACAACAAAAAUCGCUUUAUGCAUUUAAAAGUGUUGAAUGCUCACGGUGCAUGACAUGUUUGUAUGUAUAUAUGUAAAGAUGAAUGAAAGUGUACUUAAAAGAACAUAAGAAGGAUUUAGCAUAGGUGAACAUGAGGUUUUGUUGGGUUUUUUUUUCAAUAAGGACAGGCAGCAAAUUAAAAUGAUAAAGUGUUUUCAUAAAUGCUGUCUUCAUUCCUGGUUUUGGCUGUGCACAAAGACCAUUUACUACUGGCUUGUUAGCAUUAGUUGUGUGCACCCUUUAAAGAUGCUGAAGUUUUAUUUUAAUCUCAACAUAAAUGUUGUUGAAUGGAUCAGGAUUUAUUUUUCUGGUACCUGUAAAAGGUUUUGGUUGCCAUUAAAUUCUAGCUUCCACCAUGAGUUUACAAAAUGUUUCAAUUAGAGGCAAGUGUAACCUUAAAGUAUUAAGUCUAUAUGUUAAAACUGUUGUCUAAAGUUUGGGUAUUUGUUCAUAGCAUAUGAAUUUUGCUAAAUAAAUGCUACUGUUUUGCCUGGCAGAGGCAACCAUCCUGGUUGUGAAACCUUUGUGCACUUAAUAUUAGAUGUUCUUUCACUCUUCCAAUCAUUUUUAUGUGAACCUUACCUAAUCACAAUGCUGCUGUUGCAGAGUCUGUGGUAGAAGUGGAUGUCAUGUCUAAGACAGCAAGGUUUGGGAGAAAUGAUUGUUGUGGCUGGCAAGAAACAGGAGUCCACAAGACAAUGUUAUUGUUCUAUUUCUAAGAUUUGCUGCUGUAUAAUAAAGUAUGAAAUCAAACUGAAACUGCAUCAUGUUACAGAGCUUCCCCCAUCCCUCCCCCUUUUCAUCUUUUAUUAGCUAUGUUUACUAGCUCCAAAGAUAUUUUAGCGGAGCAAAAUAUAAAUGAUGACAAUGGUGUUGGAAAAUAGAAGUGGUGCAAUCUUUUCCAUAAGAUUUUAUUUUGCAUGUACAUUAUUUCCUUGGACACUUUGUUUUAAAGGUUGAGAGGAAGUUUAUAAAAGUACAUAAAAUAUAAAGAAGUAAAUAGACUUAAAAAUUAUUUUAACUGGUCUUACAAAAUGAUAGAACAGUGCUGCUUUCAAUCUGAGGCCCAUUUAGUCAUCAGUUUUCUUGCAUUUUGCGUGGAAUCUAGUAAAGAAACUAAUCCUAUUACGUCUUUGCAGGCUAGUUGAUAUGAUUCUACCCCAUGGGUUAGAAGAUAUAUUGGCGGCAGCCUUCACUAAUUACUUCGGUGACAGUGUAUCUAUUGUAAUAUGAAAUCUGAGUCAGUGCACGUGUGCUUAAACAAUUUUUUUUAAAGAACAAUUAGUGCAUUUUCACAAAAAAUGAAUAACUUCUACUUUAUUAACCUGUCAGCAAUAUUAAUCUUAAGUUUUAAAUGAACGACUAACAAGGCAUUUUCAGGGACGCCAUUAGCACAAGUUGCUUGCUUUUUCUCCCAACAAGUACAUGAGAACUUGGGUAUAGUAUAGAAACUGGGGACGUCACAGAGAAAAUUCCACUUGGCCACCCCAUGCAUGCAAGAGUUUUUUUUUUUUUUUUCUGGUUGCUUCUAACGCAUAAUGGUUUGGGUUUGUUUUUUUUUCCAUUAUCGAGCAAAACCUGCAUGUCAGCUCAUUUUUAAAUAUGAUGGUUGCUUGGCAAAAUCUGCAUGCCAACUCAUUUGUAAACAUGGCGGUUGCUGGCCUCUCUCACUUGCAGCAUCAUGGUUUGGGUUUAUUUUUUUAAAAACUGAUCUUAUUAUGCAGUCUUUUGCCUUGCACAAGGUUGUGUACUGUCAUAUCCACUUGAACCCAUAGCAUGAAUAACUAUUUCGUUAAGCAUCUAAGCUGUCAGCAGCAGUGGCUUUUUAAUGGAAUGUUUACUUCUUUCUAAUCUGCAUUAUCCCUAACUUUAAGGAGUGCAUGAAGACUGCCUGAAUGGCCACACUGUUUAUAUGUACAACUUUUGUGUUAUUGCAGGUGUGCCUGAAAUUUAUUUCAGAAAUUUAUGCCUCGUUCAUGGGAAUUUGGUGGUUGAGAAACUAGUUCUUUUUACAAUGUCUUGUUAACUGAAAAUGUAAAAUAAUGGUGUCUCUCUUUAAUGAUAUUAUUCUCAAACCACAUAUAUUUGCCUUUGUGCAAAAAUUUGUAAAAUACCUCAUGCACUUCCAACUACCCUUGCUGAUAUCUAAAGGAAAGAGAUUAAAUUGUUAAGUUUAGGUACAUCUUUUAAUGCUUUAUCAGCUAUUUUUAAUAAAUGCCAAAGUUUUUAUGUUUCAAGUUCAUUAAAGGUCAACCUGAGUGUACAUUUUUAUUUUCAAAAGAGUGGGUUAAGUUAAACUAACUGCCCAAAUCUGAGCAAAUAACAUUGUUAAUGAGAUGCUAGAUUUUGAAAAUUACAUCUCGCGCCUGCAUUUUCUUUUCCUGUGUUGUCUUAAAAAAAAAAGGCUCACUUUUACGGCAACAGAUUAGUAGCAUGUGUUUGAAGCUGUGAAUCGUCUGCAGUCUUCAGUGAUGUCGGACGUUGAAAUCUAGUCAAUCGGUAUGUGCAUUUAAAAAAAAUUUAUAAAUCAACAUAUUGUGGCAAACUAAAGACAAAGGACUGUUGUGUAAACCAAGAAAUUGAGCUAAAUUUCAUGUUGUACUCGGACUUUAAAUCUGCACUUUUAUAGCAAUCAGUAUUGGUCUAGGUUUGUCUAAUUGCUGAUUUUUUGUCUGGAAAAACUCAUCAUAAGAUUCAUUUGAUAUCAUAAAUACCUGAAACCAUUGCAAAUGCUAUUUAAAAACAGCGCUGAAUGAACAUUGUCCAUUGUUGCGAUUUUGUGUUUGGUGCUUAAUUAGAAUUGUAAAUUAAAUGCUGCUGAUUUCCUGAUGAAUGCAUUCCAGUGCAGAAAAAUUUGCCUUUAGAAUUUUUUUAGCUUUAAUGAUUAGCACAUCUCACAGUAAAGAAACUUAGUGAACAUAACACUAUAGUUUUAACAAAACAUACACCAUCUGUUUACUCAACAUGUAUUUAUACCUGCCUGAACUUUAAUAGUCAAAACACUGAUUGGAUAAGUGUUUGAGCUUUGCUCAAAUAAUGUGUAAUUUGUGCUUUAAGAUUGAAAACAGUAGAUGCCAAAAUCCCUUGUCAAAAUUAUUUCUUACGAUGGCCAUUUUCUGUUCUUGUGAUGUUAAUAAAACAAUAUAUAUGCAGGAUUGAAUGUGAUCACUUGAUACCGACUGUGAGAAAUUAGGAAAAAGACAUUAUCUGUAUGUUUUUUUUCUGUUGUGCAAGACUGAAGUAAUCUUGCAUGAGAUACAUGAUUGUGAUGAAUAUUUACUAUGUACAGUUGUGGAUGUAUGUGCAUGACGAUGUGUAUAUGAAAUAAAUUUUUAGCCGCA